UUUUCGUAAUACCUUCGUUGACUUAAGUUCAAAAUGCGUUCGCUGUUUAUUGUCGCUCUUUUGGCCUUCCUGGCUGUUGGCUUUGUGGCUGCUCGCCCGGCUGAGGAUGAAGACACCGCUGUGGAGGAAGUUGCUGAUGGAGAGGAUACUGCAGCAUCCUCUGGUGAUGAGGCUACCCAAGAUACCGAUGCUGAGGAGAGUCAGGAUAACGAUGCUGAGGAGAGUCAGGAUAACGAUGCUGAAGAGAGACAGGAUAACGAUGCUGAAGGGUCUCAGGAUAACGCUGCUGAGGAAUCCGAAGGCGACUCUGCUGAUGAAGAGUCCAGCGAUGAGGAUGAGGUCACCACCACCACCACUGCCAAGCCCAGGAAGCACAUUCGUCCCUUCUGGCCCAGAUUCGGUGGUCAUGGUCCAGUCGUGAUCCACAGGCGUGGUCUCCUGCUCCGCAAGGCCUAAGUCUUCAAGAUACUUUCACUUUUCUAAUACACUUUCUACCUAUAAACUUCAGUUCUUCUCUAAAUAAAGAAACACAAAAUGUCUAAGACGAAA